CCUCUGCUUACGCGCUCUUAAAGACGGCACAAGCGCAAAACUGCGACAGUCUGGACCCAGAGAGCAACAAUCCAACAACAUAUGCUGCGAUACAUAACACCAGGAACUACAAUGCAUUUAUUGUGGAUCACGAUGAUGUGCGCUUUGGUGGUGACCACAGCUGCUCAGGGAACUUGUGACCCAGUAACUCAACAGGAGGUGGACGGCCAGUGCUGCACAAAGUGUGGCCCAGGCACCAGCCGGUCAAGCCGCAGCACAUGCCUGGAUCCUCAGUGCGAAGAAUGUGGGCAGAAUGAAUACCAGGACAAAUACACAUACGAAUCCAAGUGUCAGCGACAGCCGUAUUGUGAUGAGAAUAGACACUUUCAGCCUGUUGAACAUGAGAGCAAGAAGAAAAAAACCAUCUGCUUGUGCAAGGUGGGAUUCCACUGUUCCAGUGACGCCUGCAUAACCUGUGUGCCACACACAGUCUGUAGGCCAGGAUACGAGGCUAAAUCCAUAGGCAAUCACACGUAUGACACAGUGUGCCAGAAAUGCCCUGAAGGCUCAUUUUCCAGCAUCGAGUCAUGGAAUAGUUCCUGUAAGAAAUGGACAGAAUGUCAGGAUGGAUACCAUACUAAACAACGUGGAACAGACACAACAGACAAUGUCUGCGUGAAAACUACACGAUAUCACACAAUCCUGGUCUUGGUUUUUCCUGUGCUUGGGAUUGUACUUAUAGUUAUAAUCACAUUCUUUCUAUGCAAAGGAGGCGCACAACAAAGGGUAAAGAACUGUUUUGAAUCAUGUCAAGGAGGAGAACAGGAGGAACUGAAAAAUCACGAAGUGCUAAUCCUUCCCCCCAGUGAUCAGAAUGAAAAUGAACCCAUGUUUUCUGAACAGCAGUCACAAGAAGAGUGUGGUUCAAGGACACCAGAGGAAAACGAGGAUGAGCUAAGCCAGGUGGUGUCCGCAGGUGGUGUCGCGCUCACUGAUAACGGAAAAUAUGUGAUGCAGGAGAGGGGCAAAACAGAAAUCCUCUCUCGACAGGAAUCACAAACUCAGACAUUUACUGACUGAAAACGGCCAAUGAUACAAACUCUGUAGAUAUUGUAAUUAUGAAUGUACUCUGUUGUGUCUCAUAUUUCACUUGCACCUCAUCCUCCUGACGUAACGGUGUCCAUAUGUGCCCAAAGUGUGAACAUUAAAAAUUUAAUUGUGCUGAAAUGACGUAGUUGUAGUGCAACGAUAGCGUGGCAUGCUACAUGACAUUAGUUUUGACAGUAGCAUUUUGUAAGUUGUAGCCGUUUUUCAGUGUGUGUUUAUAUUGUGUUUUGAUGUAGUCAGCAUGUUCAGAUUUCUGUUCAUAUUUGGGCAUGCUACAAAAUUGUGUAACUGCUGCAGUGGUGCAGCGUGUAUGUUAAAAGCUUUUGCAUUAAACAGUACUUUUUCUGCUGCUG